UUGAAAGCUGCUCGCUCAUGUGAAAAUUCACAGACGUAUACGGACGAGACCUAAAUGGGAAUUAUUUGAAAUAUCGACACUCGAUGCAUGAAAUGGUGUUCAUUCUUAUGUUUCUGACGGCACCGACAAGCAAAUCAAAUAUUAAAACUCAUGAUCAGUUACCGUACCAAUCUCCAUCCUAGAGUGUGUCUUAAUGUUAAGGAUGGGAAAAACUGUCUUCUUAGAAAAUACAUCUUUGUUUAAAGAAAGACUUGUUCAUUUUCCAUAAUGUUUUAUUUUGUUGCCGUCAAAGCUAAUAAGAAAAGAUGAUGUAUCAGUACUUUGUGUGGCUUUCCAUACUUACGUUUGGUCCUAUCCCUCUUUUCAGUUUACAAGUGAAAGAUCCAAAAUGUAGAUACAGAGUUCAACUUCCGGUUGCGUCAUGGCACACAGCAUACGACGCAUGCGCCGAAAACAACAGGACUUUAGUUACGAUAACAUCGUUAACUGAGAUGUACCUCAUAGAUUUAGUCUUACAGGAGGUUGAUGAAUUGUUUUUGACUCCAUUAAUUUACAGUCAUUCCACUGGAGUAUGGAUUAAAGCCUUCCUUCGGUCCUCUACCAAUGAAAGCAUGUUAGAAAAUUGUAAAUCUUUAGAUCCUCAGCUUCCAGUAAAGAUAAGUGAUGCAGGUCCGAGUGAUAUGGUUUGUCUUUACUACAACAGAACAGAGCAGAACUUCAUCACAGAUGAUUGUUCUCAAGAAAAGAUGUUUAUCUGCGAAAGUAAUAGUGAAGAACUUGAGGCAUGUAUGAAGGACACGGCAAAAGAAUCCCUGAAAGACGAGGUUCCAUUUAAGUUCUGCUUAGAUACAGUUUACAAUAGUGUAACAUCUGAAGAACAGUGUGAGAAGAUAUGCAGAGAAAAGCAAUCCUGUUAUACAUUUACGUAUUCAUCGGAUUGCAAAAUCUACCGUUUAAAAGACGAUUCGACCUGCUCAAUGGGUCGAUAUCCCCCUCCAAUGAUUAAACAUAAAAGUUUCUUUAUGCAUAGUGCUACCAAUUAUCCUGUAUCGUCAGCAAAACCUCUGACAGAAUGGUGUCCAGAAUUGACGGAAGAAGUGAUUCAAGAGAAGAUAGACAACAUUCAGAAGAAUUUAACAGUGAACCCCAAGGAAACAAAUCAGUAUAUUCGUACACUGACCAGCGCACCGGAUGAUAGACAAUCGGCAAAAAACAUAGGAAUCGUAGGUGUCUCGGUGAUCAGUGUCGUGUUUGGAAUCAUAAUUCUCUCUGACUGUAUCAAUGUGGUCAAAGGAAUCCAAAACAAAUGUACCAGGUAAAAUACAAUUGAAAACAAGUUGGCUGAAAAAUCCUGUCAACCACUACUGAUAUGCUCAAGUAGGGAAUAUACUACCAAUCAUUUGCUUACAAAACCUGACAUAGCCAUGGAAUCUACUUCCAAAAUAUAUUCAAUGUUAAUUUUUUAAUUAACAAAGAACGAAAAAGAGGAAAAUAAUGACUGGAUGCCGAUUUUAGGUGUUUGUGGGAAGAUAUAGGAUAAACAGUAUUAUAUUGCGUGUUUCUUUUGUGUUUUUAUGAGUGACUAGUAUGGAAAAAAGGACUUUUUAGUAAAAAUCAACAAUAUCCAGAGGUGAUCAAAAUCGACAUUAUAUGCAUGUGUUAUUCGAGAAUUAUAUGGAAGUGAAAUGAAAUGAACAUUUUCCCAAAAUGUUGAGAUGUCUGAUUUUUUUCUUAUAAUCUUUUAUCUUACCGUUUGUUCGUCAUUUUGUGUGUAUAUUGCACAAGGUUGUAAUUUGUCACCAAUGGUAUUUUUUUUUUAAAUUUCAUCAUCGGUUCUUCAGAAGAUCAAUUUUUUUGCAGAAUGCAAAGUAUUAGAAUAAGCAAAAUUAAUGCAAUGUCUCGAAUCAUAGAGCUAUUGUCUUAAUUUCAAUGGAACUUUUUAAUUGCAUGAUAACGGUCGAUCAGCAUUGUUUGAAUAACAAUUAUAAAUUUUUUACAAGUCACGAAAUUAUCCGAUAUGAUCCUGAUAAAGUUUGACCUUAAAGCGACAUGGACGCAGUUUCAGCUAAAAAAAAUCAAAUUCAUUUUUCCAUUUUUUUAAUGUUUAGAAAUACUUGACUUAGGUAUUUUAAUGAUAAUCAAAAAUUUAAAUUUCAGUUGUCGAGAUACAAGACAGACUUAGAGCCCCAAACUUUUGUUAAAUUAACAAGGCUCGUGCCAUGAAUUUGUUUACGAAGAUUAAUUUGCAAAUAUUUGUUCAAUGAAAGCAGUUUUUUUUCAAAGUUAAGUUAAUUCUAAAUACC